GAAGCAUUUCAGAACCAGAAAAUGGGGAACUGCAUAAGGCACCAAUCGUCGACCGGAUCCGCCACCGACGACGACGACGAAUGGGAUGAAUUUGCGGCGGCGGAGGAGGGUGGUUCUUUUGCAGCACCGAACGGUGGUAAGAAAAGGACAACGGAGGUGAAGAUAAAGAUCACAAAGAAGCAGUUAGAAGAGUUAGUCGGUAAAGUGGACGUGAAGGAGUUGAGGGUUGAAGAGGUUUUGGCCCAAUUGAUGAAACACCGUCCAUGGAGGCCUGCUUUGCAAAGCAUUCCAGAGGAUUAGAUUGGGUCCCAUCCAUGGAGCAGUGUAUUGAGCCUAUUGGGUCAAUCCUGCUUCUUCAAAAUAGAGCGAAAUUAUUUAACCAGGGUC